AGAGCAAAUAAAAAUGGUUCAGAAAAAGAUGCUAACCCACCCGGAAUUAUUUUCUCGGCUAGUUGAUGGACCGGAAAGGAUUCGAGAAAGUGUACAGGUCCCAAAACCAAUAACCGGGUGCCCAGACGGAAUCACCAAAACCGUGUGGGAUGUGCUUACUCGAAGUGCCCAGCUCAACCCAAAUGCUCCGCUAUUCGGAGAAAGUGUGAACGGCAGACAUGUGUAUACCACUUAUCGCGAAGCUGUUGAAGAAGCCACAAUAAUUGGAUCAGGCAUUGUGGCAAUUAUGCAAAAGAAUCAAUCCACUAACAAAUUGAUUGGAAUCGCUGGAAUUCACUCGAGAAAAUAUAUGCACACGAUGCAUGGAAUUAGCGGGUUUGACCUGACUACAGUACCACUUUAUCAUCAAUCGAAAUUGGAGACUUUGUGCGACAUCAUCGACAACUGCAAGCUGGAAAUCAUUUUCUGCGAAAACGCAAAGCGCGCCGAAGGGUUCCUGUCGUCGAAACUCGGAGAUCGUCUUCGUUCGUUGAAGACCUUAAUUAUUCUUGACAAGACGACUACCCUUCAGAAGCAUGAUGACGUGGAAGUGAUGAGCUUGGAUGAAUUCAAGGAGAUCGGGAAAAGGAAUAAGAGAAAUCCAGUGAAACCAAAACCCGAGACAACCUAUGUGAUUUGCCAUACCAGUGGUACUACAGGACGUCCUAAAGGUGUUGAAAUGUCACAUGGAAGCCUCGUGACGUCAGUCUCCGGAAUCUUCACCUCCUGGACAAUAGCCUAUAAAUGGAAGUUUGGACUGGAAGACACUUACUUCAGUUUUCUAUCCUUAGCUCACAUCUAUGAGCAUUUGAUUCAAACGUUGACUAUAUACUUUGGAGGGAAAAUUGGAAUUUAUGAUGGUAACACUGCCACACUCAUUCCGCAGAUUCAGAAGUUGGAGCCAACGAUUGUUUCGUUGGUGCCACGGCUCUUGAAUAAGCUCUAUGAAGCUGUGCACGAUGGGGUGGCGAAGAAGGGAUUCAUUGCGAGGAAGCUAUUUGAUUAUGCGAAAAAGACCAAGGCUCGUCAGCUCCAGCGCGGUGUGCUCCGUUAUGACACUUUCUUUGACAAAAUCGUUUUCAAGAAGCUAAAACUGAUGCUCGGCGGGAAGCUCAAGGUUCUCACUUCUGGUGGGGCUCCAAUCACAAAAGAGGUCAAAACGUUCACCAGAUAUGCCUAUGGGUGUCCCCUUGUAGAGGGUUAUGGACAGACGGAAUGUAGUGCAGCCGGUACACUGACUCUUCCAUGGGACACUACUUAUGGAAAUGUUGGUGGGCCGGCUCCUUGGGCUCAGGUUAAGCUGGUGGAUGUUCCGGAGAAGAAUUAUUUUUCAAUGAAUGAUGAAGGAGAGGUGUGCUUCCGUGGAAAUGCGAUGAUGACUGGAUACUUUCAAGAUCCUGAAUUAACCGCAAAAACCAUCGAUUCGGAAGGUUGGCUCCACACUGGAGAUAUCGGAAAAUGGCUUCCAACCGGCGGCCUCCAAAUCAUAGAUCGCAAAAACGAGAUGUUCAAGCUCAGCCAAGGAGAUUUUGUAUCGCCAAUUCAAAUCGAAGCAAUCUACGCAAAUUCCCCGCUUAUCACUCAAAUAUAUGUCACCGGAAAAACUGAACGAUCGUUUUUAGUUGGAAUUGUGGUUCUAGACUUGCCACGAUUCAAGCAACUUCCGCUGGUGAAGGCGUUGGACGGAAAAGAGAGCAUCGAGAUGAUAAUGGAGAAUAAGGAAGUGAAAAAUGCAGUUAUUGCAGAGUUGAAUAAAUAUGCAAAGCAGAAUGGACUUCAAACAAUUGAGCUUAUCAGAAAUGUGCAUUUGACAUUGCAGGAAUUUACCGAAGAAAAUGGCUUGAUAACUUCAACCCUUAAAAAUCGCAGAAAGAUUUUGGAAGACUACUUUGCACCCCAAAUUGCAAAGAUGUACAAGGAAGUUGAAGCGCUGUAAAUGUUCAAGUGCACCUCCAAAAAAGUUUUAAUUUCAAAAGUGUAGAGGGUUUUAUUUUUGGCGUCUAGGGGUGCACCGCCUUGCUUGUAAUGUAUAUAAUUUUGAAUAAAGUUUUAUUUCGAAU